UGAAUUAUGCAAAUUUCACUUCGCCCCCUCUCAAAUUGUCCUACAAUCCCAUUCCAUCCCAUCCUGGUUCCGCUCAGCCCUGCCGCCCGGCCUAGCCACAAGAUGCAUCUCACAAAGAAUUAGGGCGUGUCAAAUAUGAAGUCUUCAAAACAAUGGUCUCUCUCAUUCCUUUCCUUGUUUUCCACAGGAGUCCCAUCCCAUGUUUCACCGAUUUCUAGACCUGACCAAAUCAAACCUUUGAAAACUUCUCUACACUCUAGUCCAAACCCAAACUGCAAAACAUUACACCAACAUCUCCAUUUUCUUCAUCUUAAAUCGUCCCAUUUUCAACUAUUUUAAAACCCUGAUUCUUUCUUCACCAUUUAUUACAGCAAAACCCAAAAACUUACCCUCUAUAAUCUGCUUUCUUUCCCAGAACACAAUGUCCGAUGAUAUGUUGAUGCAUUUUUCUUCAAACUCUUCGAACCAAUCAGACCAGUCUCUUCCCACUAAAAUCGCCAUGCUCGAAGCUCGCAUGGUCGGCAAGGCCCCUGCCCAACAGCCGCAGCAACAACAGAACAUUUGGGCCUCUGUUUCUACGUCUAUAAGAUCCGUUGCUGCCGAGAAUGUAGACCAGGCCUCAACUUCUAGUGAUUCCGAUGAUGAUAUUGGCGGGGAAUUUCUGAUUCAAGCCAACACUCAAAAGCGCCAAAAACUUCAAGAAGAUGGUAACCUGGCUGUUUUUGAACAUGUAGAGGCAGUUGUUGAUGGAAGGCAAAAGAUUUCCGAAACUUUUGAGACCAAGGUAGUUUCUGAUGUAAAUAGGAAAAAGCCUGUUCGUGGUAGGGGGAAUUCUGUUUCAGGCAGAGGCCGUGGUUCCAGAAAUGAACAAUCAAGAUCACAGAUAUCUGCUACAACAGUUUCAACUUCAAAUGGCCAGCUUGAGAACUCCUAUCAUAAGGAUGAUAGGCCCAAAGAACAGUUCCUAAUUGACAAUAAUGCAUCAUUAGAGGAGGAGAUCACAUCUUUACGUGGAAAAGUUGCAUUUUUAGAGGAGGACUUAUGUAAAUCUCAUCAAGAGGUCUCCGAUUAUCAAAAUCUUUGCUACCAAUUAGAAAAGGAAUUAAAAGACCUUAAAGAUAAUGAACAACAAAUGAAGCCAAAGAGAACAAAAAUUAUAUCUGACCUUUUGAUAUCCAUUUCAAAAGCUGAGAGACAGGAAGCUAGGCUGAAAGUACGCCAGGAUUCUGUGAGACUUGGCAAUGUCGGUGUAAUCAGAGCUGGAACCAUCAUAUCUGAGACAUGGGAGGAUGGGCAAGCAUCGAAAGAUCUAAAUGCUCAUCUUAGACAAUUGCUGAAAACUAAGGAUUCUGUUGAGCGGCAACGGAAGUCACUUAAGAAACGACAGUCUGACAAGGGUGACACAGGUGAUACUGAGUCAGGAAUGCAAGAAGAAGAUUUCUUCAUUCAAGAUGAAAUUUAUAAAUCCCGUCUAGCAGGCAUCAAACGUGAGGAAGAAAUUGUUUUGCGAGAGAGAGAUCGUUAUGAGCUAGAAAAGGGAAGGCUUAUUCGUGAAAUGAAGCGCAUACGAGAUGAGGAUGAUUCUCGUUUUAACAAUUUUCAGAUUCUGAACCACAGAUAUGCCCUCUUAAAUCUUCUUGGGAAAGGAGGAUUUAGUGAGGUUUACAAGGCUUAUGACUUGGUAGAGCAUAGAUAUGUUGCGUGUAAGCUUCAUGGUCUGAAUGCUCAUUGGAGCGAAGAUAAGAAGCAAAGUUACAUCCGACAUGCUAUUCGGGAGUACAAUAUUCACAAGACUUUGGUGCAUCAUCACAUUGUUCGGCUUUGGGACACUUUUGAGAUUGACCAGAAUACAUUUUGUACUGUAUUGGAGUACUGUAGUGGGAAAGAUCUUGAUGCUGUUCUAAAAGCAACACCUGUGUUACCUGAGAGGGAAGCUAGGAUCAUCAUUGUUCAGAUUUUUCAGGGCCUGAUCUACUUGAAUAAAAGAACACAAAAGAUUAUACAUUAUGAUUUGAAACCUGGGAAUGUCCUAUUUGAUGAGUUUGGUGUUGCAAAAGUGACUGAUUUUGGGCUCAGCAAGAUAGUGGAGGAUGAUGUUGGAUCCCAGGGUAUGGAACUUACUUCCCAGGGAGCCGGAACAUAUUGGUAUUUGCCUCCAGAGUGCUUUGAGCUCAGCAAGACCCCUCUUAUUUCGUCAAAGGUGGAUGUAUGGUCAGCUGGUAUUCUUUUUUACCAAAUGCUAUUUGGGCACCGCCCUUUUGGGCAUGAUCAAACCCAAGAACGAAUACUUCGUGAAGACACAAUUAUUAAAGCUCGCAAGGUUGAAUUCCCUUCAAGGCCUGCUGUCUCAAAUGAGGCAAAGGACUUCAUUCGGAGAUGCCUAACAUACAAUCAAGCAGAAAGGCCAGAUGUUUUAACUCUUGCACAAGAUCCUUAUCUCACAUACUCAAAGAAGUAGCACUGCAUACAGACAGAGCCAGCUUAAGGGACUGCAGAGCAGGGAGGCUGUGAAUAAACUUUGAAUUGAAGAUCUUACCCAUGGAAUUUUGUAUAGGUUGUAAAUAAUAUUUUUGGUUUGAUUGUUUUCCUGCUCCUUCCUACCCAACAGUUGAAUUUUAUCUUUAUAAGUUCGUUUAAUUUGUUUUGUUGUAAGGUGUUGCUCUGUGGGUAGCAGAUGGGCCUUAUGAUUCGGGCUCAUGGAGCGGUGAACCCGGGUUGGGCCUAGAGUAAGGGGCUUGGCCUAUGGUGAACGAGCUUAGGGACCGGUCCCUAAGACUAGGCUCAACGGUAAAAAUAUAUUAAAAAAUUAAAAUUACCAAUUACCCA